AUGGCCGUCCUGUCUGUACCGUCUGCCCGGGCGACGAUAUUGGGAACGAUAUCGAAAUGGCUCAAUGUGAAAGCCCUCGGAAGCCCCUGGCGCAUUAUUGCACUGAUCCUCGCCAUCGUCAAUUUUAAGAAUCUCCCAUGGGUCUGGCAUUCCCGCUUCUUCUACUCGCUUUUCCGCCAACUAUACGCCCAGUCCGCCGACGCCCCCCCCGGAUCCCUCUUCGCGCCCAUCAUCAGCACCACCCGCACCCCCCUCACCGAAUGCGAUUACAACAUCCACAAAUCCAACAGCACCUACUUCACCGACCUCGACAUCGCCCGCACCCACCUAGCAAUCGCUUUAAUGCGCAAGAGCAUCCGCGGCCUGAGCACGUACCACCGCGAGAUUCGGGAACACAACCGGCAGCGUCGCGACCAAGGCCUCCCCGAGAAGGCCGUCGAUGACGUCCCCGGCGACACCAAGUUGAACGGGGCCGCGAUCAAUGGAGCGGACACGCCGUCGAUGCACACGACCCCACCGGAGACGCCCAAGGAGAUCCCAGCGGGCAAUUUCAACAUGGCCAUGGGUGGAGUCGCGUGCCUCUUCCACCGGGAGAUCCCGCCGCUCGCGCGCGUGGAGAUCUGGACGCGGCUAGUGAGCUGGGACCGGAAAUGGCUGUACAUCGUCUCGCACUUCGUGAAAGCCGGCGCAUGGUCGGAAGAGAUCGCCGACCAGGGCGGGUGGAUCUUCCAGCCGUGGCGGAACCGGCGCGUCCCCAAAAGCGGGGGCGCGGCGCGGAAGCGACGGGAGGAGAUGUCGCCGGCGGAGCGGGACGCGCACCGGGCAAAGUUGAAGAAGACGAUCUACGCGAGCUCCAUCGCCAAGUAUGUGGUCAAGAAGGGCCGAUUGACCGUCCCCCCCGAACUGGUGCUGCAGCGCUCCGAUCUCCUGCCGCCGAAACCUCCCACCGCGCCGCCUGCGAACCAGCUGCCGACGCUCGCGAACCGGCAACUGCUGACGCCCGGCGCGCUGGCGACAGAGACGACGACGCCGGCGGAGCUGGAUGGCGCGCCGACGUCCGCGCCGACGGAUGCGGAUAUGUUGGAGGAGAGUCUGUUUCCGUUUAGUCAGGAGGCGGGGGAGUGGACGUGGGAGAAGAUCGAGGAGCGGCGGUUGCGUGGAAUGCGAAUUGCGCAGCAUUUUGCCGGACUGGAUCGGUUGUACGAUGUGUUUGGAGGCGAAGAUGAUCAGGCCCUGGGGAUGUAUAGCGAUUUAUGA